AUGACGCGGGUAUCUCAAUGUUGUCCGUUUCAAUCACAAAGACAAACUCAACCAAAAUCAAACACAGAAGGUGAUGAUGAGGACGAGAGAAAGGAAGAAUCAGAAGGUGAUGAUGAGGAGAAAGGGACAUCGAGUAGUUCUAGUUCUGAUGAAAAGAAGAAGGGGAAAAGGCCGAUGAAAGGCAAAAAGCGAAAUCAGAAGUAUCAGAGUAUCAAUGAGAUUAAGUAUGGUCCAGGGGGAGAAUCGAAAGGUGUUGUAAUUCGAGACAGAGAUGCUGCUAAAGAAUCUGAUGGUGGACCCAUACGAAUACCACCUUCUGCCAGAAGAAAUAGAACUCCACGUAUUGAGGUUAAGCGUUCGUACCCUCUACGAUCUCGAGAGGAAGAUUCAGAGGAAAAGGAGCGAAAAGGCAAAGAAAAAGAGCAGGAAACUGAUGUUUGGGAAGCAAAUCCAGACACUGAUCAGAAAGGGAAGAAUAUUGCAGAGGAUUCUGAUGAUGAGAGCAAUUCUUCAGACCCGGAGUGGACAGGUUGA